GAGUGCAUUCUUUUAAAACAUAACCUAAACGUUUAUACAGUUAAUUUUAUACCACAAAAUGGCGUUGUCUACACUGCUUUCUCUGGUCGACGAGCUGCAGGAGCCCCGCAGCCCCAUCUACGAGUUUGGCCUGGGCAUGCAUCCGCAUUCCCACCAUCUCAUCAUGCCCCAGCGCCACUCCAUCAACGGCUGCCCGUGCGCUUCACCGAUGUGUGCGGCCUCGCCGGCGGGACAGGUGAUGGCGGCGCGCCGCCACAUGGCCAAGAACAACGACAUCCACUGGCCCGUUACCCAUGUGGGCAAGGAGGGAUUCCAGGUGUGCAUGGACGUGGCCCAGUUCAAACCGAGUGAGCUCAGCGUCAAGGUCGUGGACAAGUCCAUCAUGAUCGAGGGCAAGCACGAGGAGCGACAGGACGAUCAUGGCCACAUCAUGCGCCACUUCGUGCGCCGCUACCAGGUGCCCCAGGGCUACGAGCCGGAGAAGGUCGUCUCCCAGCUGUCCUCCGACGGCGUGCUCACUGUGAGCAUUCCGAAGCCGCUACCCAUCGCGGACAAGUCCAAGGAGCGUCUCAUCCAGAUCCAGCAGGUGGGACCCGCCCAUCUGAAUGUCAAGCAGAACGCCGUCGAGGAUAAGGGCAAGGAGAACGGCUCUGCCCAUGGCAGCUCCAAGUAGAAUGCCAAAAUGCCAUCAAUGAUAUCAAGUUCUUGCAUUGUCAAUCCACACCCAUCAUUCCCUCACAUACCUGAAUCUGUAACCUAUUUAUUCAAAACGCAUUUGUAACGAGCUAAAGACUUGAGAAAUAAUUUAUUAAAUAUGUAUGUAUACACCUGGUGUGAAAAAUCAA